CAAAUUAUUUACAUUUUUGAAAUGGCAAUUAGAAGUGAUUCUUAAAGAGUUUUCUAAACCUAAAUUCUUAAAACUUUAAUAAAUGAGAAUCAUUAACUGAAAUCCUAAGCGAAAAAGAAAGAUGCCCUGAUAGUGCAAUUAUUAGAAAAGAAAAUAUUGGAAAGUGAAUAAGCUUUGAAAUCUGAAAGAAAGGGGUAAAAAAAAGGAUCCAUUACAAGAAGAGAUGAUAAGGAUUUAAGAAUUCACACAAGAAUUAAGACUCUGAUUGACUUGUUGCCAGAUGGCUUUUGAAUUCAAAAUUUUCG